AUGCGACUCUCCGACGGCGUCGUCGACGCGCGGAGCGACACGGUGACGAAACCGACGGCGCGCAUGAGGGAAGCGAUGGCGCGCGCCGAGGUCGGGGACGACGUCCUCGGCGACGAUCGCACGGUGAAGGCGCUCGAACGUAAAAUGGCGGAGAUGUUUGGAUUCGAGGCGGCGGUGUUCACGCCGAGCGGAACCAUGGCGAAUUUGCUCGCCAUCGCCACGUGGUGCGACGAGCGAGGGAGCGAAGCGAUCAUCGGAGAUAAGUCGCACGUGCACCUGUACGAACAGGGCGGGAUGUCGUCGCUGAUGGGGGUGCAUUCGAGAACGCUCAAGAAUCGCGAAGACGGGACGCUCGCGCUGGAGGAUAUACGAGCCGCGAUACGCACCGUGAGCGACGAUCACUUCCCAGUGACGAAGGUUGUGACGCUGGAGAACACGCAGAAUAAGUGUGGGGGGAAGGUACUGCCGGUGGAGUACGUUCGGGAGGUUGGGGCGUUGUGCGCGGCGCACGGGGUGAAGUUGCACAUGGACGGGGCGAGAAUUUGGAACGCGUUGGCGGCGAGCAUCGAUCACGUUCGCAUCGAUCACAUCUUACAAGGGUGUGAUUCGGCGAGUAUCUGCUUGAGCAAAGCCAUCGGCGCCCCCGUUGGGAGCGUGUUACUCGGCGAUGAGGCGUUUGUUCGAAAGGCGAAGCGGUUGCGCAAAGCGUUGGGCGGUUCGAUGCGACAAGUCGGCGUCUUAGCCGCUGCGGCUUUAGAGGCGAUCGAUGAAGUAUUCCCGAAGAUAGCAGAAGAUCACGAGCGCGCGAGGGCUUUCGCGAACGCGCUACAAGGCGCGACUGGUCUCGAAUGCGCAACGCCGGAGUCGAACCUCGUUCUCGUGCGAAGCACCAUUCCCGGCAUCACUUCCGAGAUGUUGAUGCGGGAAUUGGAGAUGAGCCACGGUGUGUUGGUUUUACCAACGAAUCAAGACACCAUUCGCGUCGCUUUUCACCAUCAAAUCACGGAUGCGGGCGUUGAACGUCUGGUCAGUGGCUUUCGUGAAAGCGUGCUCGAACUCGCUCGCGACCCAAAGCUGAACGAAAUUAUGAUGUCUGACGGUAUGUAA